UUAAGAUUAUAAAUAAUAAUAGAGUGGUAAGCACGACAAAAGUGAAGAAAAAGAAGAAGAGUAACACAGACAUCACAGACACAGACUGUGAUUUGUGAGUUUGUGAGUGUCUGUGAGGCUUUGAGGUUAAAGUGUUAUAAACGGUUGGUUUAGCGUCAUUUUUGAAAGAUGUGUUUGCAAACAUUUCCUUUUAAAUUAAAGUAAAUAAUUUUUACCAACAUAUUAAGAUAUUAAAUAGUUAUCAUGGUAAAAAGAAAAAUUGUGCCAAGAAAAAGUGCAGUAAGCCAGUCACCUUCUACAUCAGGUUCUUCAAGGAAUACAAGAACAUCAACAUCUACACCAAAAAGGACUCGGGAUGAAAAUGAAAAGAUUCCAUCGAGAAGCAGAAAUGAUGCUGAUACACCUUCAAAAUCUACGCCAAAUGUUUCAAAAAACAAACGCAAAUCUGGAAAACGGAAGAAAGUGAGACAAGUCACUCAAAUGAGUUUGGGAAGAAAAUAUUUCAAAGUUUCAAACGCUAUUCUAAGAGAUAUUGGGAGGCUGCAGCGUGCUGUCACUAACUGUAUACCAAAGUUACCUUUUUCUCGUGUAAUCAGAGAAAUUCUGCUAGAGCAGGGCCAUACACAACAGUUGAGAAUACAGAUUGAAGCACUGACGGCUUUGCAGGAAGCUGCUGAAAUAUAUUUAAUAAAUCUGUUUGAAGACGCCAAUAGGUGUGCCGCACAUGCUAGGAGAAUAACUGUAAUGCCCCGGGAUAUUCAACUAACGUUGGAGUUACGAGGACCUAAUGAAGUAGGGAGAUAUUAAUGUUUUAAAUUAAUAUACAGGGAGAUUGAUAAGUGGGGUAAAGCUCAAUAGAUUCGCUAUAGUAAUAGAUAGCAAUAAAAGUUAACAACAAAAAUUUUAGCCACCUUUGAGCUUCACAUUACAAAAUUAGUUAGAAUGUUACAGUGUGUUCGAUAACACAGUGGCAGACCAAACUUAUGUUCUUUUAAAUGGAACACCCUAUAUUUUAUUUUAUAUUCGAAAUCCUGUUAACUUCAUCACAAAAAUAUAAAGGUUUGUUAUGUUAUACAGGGUAUUUACAAAGUUAUAACCAAUUUUGUAUAAAAAUCGUAACAAGUUCAACUCCUUGUAUAAAUAAAAAUAAGCACAACAGCAGUGGUUUAUUAACGCCAUAUUAUUUUGUUUAUUGUCAAAAUUUUCAAGAAUUAUUGACAUUGCUAAUUUUCUUUUAUCAAAUACAGGGUGAGUCAAAACGCAAGUACAUUAUUUUCCCAGUAAUGUUAAAUGAAACACCCUGUAUUUUAUAUCAUUAUUGAAAAGUAACAUUACCGUACUUUAAUUUUUAUAUAACAUUCCCUAUGUCCAAAUUUAUUAGUUUUCGAGAUAUUUUCAUUUUUCAGAGCAAAUUAUUUUAGGUGUCUAAAUUUUAAGUAUGUCAUGACUGAAUUGACAAUUGACGAUUACCGAUUAUCAAUCCGGUAAUCAAUGUAACAAUGUAGCAAAUAAAGAAAUAAAAAUAAUUUAUUAGUAAUACAUUUUACAAAAAAAAAACAUAACCACAACAUGCAACAUUUUUGAAACAAUUAAACACUACUUUUGUAUGUAAAUGUCACAAUGUAACCAAUAAAGAACGAAAAAUAAUUUAUCAGUAAUACAUUUUGCAAAAAAAAACAUGUUUGAAAAAAUUGGAAGCUACUUUUAAUAAAAUAUUUUUAAUAUUUAUUUACAUAAGGUGUUCAAAAUUACCUCCUAACACUUAUGCACGCCUAAAUACGAUCAUUGAAUGAGCUACUUACUCUACGAAGCAUUUGUAAAUUAACACAUCGAAAUAGCUUUUGUAUUCUAUUUUUCAUCUCAUCCCUUGUUGUUGGAGGUAUUUUAUAAACUUCAUUAUUAAAGUUACCCCAAAAAAAUCAGUCCAGUUUAUUAAAUUCUGGUGAUUUGGGUGGCGACGCUAAUGGUUCAUUAAAAAAUGAAAAUAUCUCGAAAACUAAUAAAUUUAGACAUAGGGAAUGUUAUCUACAAAUUAAAGUACGGUAAUGGUACUUUUCAAUAGUGAUAUAAAAUACAGGGUGUUCCAUUUAAAAUUACUGAGAAAAUAAUGUACUUGCGUUUUGAUUCGCCCUGUAUUUGAUAUAAAGAAAAUUAGCAAUAUCAAUCAUUCUUGAAAAUUUUGACAAUACGUAAUAAAAUAUGGCAUUAAUAAACCAUUGCUGUUUUGCUUGUUUUUAUUUAUACAGGGAGUUGAACUUGUUACGAUUUUCAUAUAAAAUUGGUUAUACCUUUGUAAAUACCCCGUAUAACAUAACAAACCUUUAUAUUUUUGUGAUGGAGGGGUUAACAGGAUUUCGAAUUUAAAAUAAAAUAUAGGGUGCUCCAUUUAAAAAAAAACAUAAGUUUGGUCUGCCACUGUGUUAUCGAACACCCUGUAACAUUCUAACUAAUUUUGUAAAGUGAAGCUCAAAGGUGGCUAAAAUUUUUGUUAUUAAUUUUUAUUGCUAUCUAUUACUAUAGCGGAUCUAUCGAGCUUUACCCCACUAAUCAAUCACCCUGUAGUAGUAUAGGUCGAACAAGUUACGAUCUUGUUUUAAAUGACAUGUUUAUCAUCCUUUAAUGUGCAACAUGUUUAUAUAAUAUUGAACAAACUAGAGGAUUUUUUUAUAUAAUGACGUUUUUGUGAAAAUGUGUGUAGACCAUAGGAUUUUUAGAAAUUGUUAUACAUUUUUAUAAGUAUUUAUAUUUAUAUGUAAUGUACAAAACCAGCAAUCUAUUUCUUAUUUCUUAAAAUAUGAUUGUACAUAAACUGUUA